GGAUAGAAAAGUAAAAACAUUAACUACAGAAUUUGAAAUGUGGGAGGAAAGUGAAAAAGAAUACAAUUGCCAGUUCAGUUAUCAGUUCUACUUCAACUUCCGACGAUCAAAACCAGAGAGUUUGACGAUUCCCACGAUCGAAACUACAGAGCAGUUUAAUGAUUCCUAUGAUAUGAGUUCAGUUGAAGGUUAAACGAUGACUACCCACAUACCACCGCUAUAUACAGAUGAAUAAUCGAAAAGAGCCAAUUUUCGGAACUAGACUCCGGGACGUGUCUUGGAACCCGUCUUUCUUCACACCUUCGAUCCCGGACGCCCACUUUCAGGAGCCCAAUCUCCUGGCCAUGUUCCUCCACCUACGCCGCGGCUGCCUUCAUUGCCAUCUUCUCCAGGUACCCAACUUCCCAAUUUAAAAACUAGAAAGUAAGACAAUUCAAGAAAAACAAGAACAAUGGUGGAGCAAAACGACGUCAUUGAACCCUUCAGAAAACAAGAACAAAGGUGUGUCCUUGCAGAUACUGAGAGUGUUAGAUCGAGCAGACAGAGAGAUGGCAUACUUGAGCAUGGGAGAAGCUCACAGAAGAAUUACCGACUACCUCAACCGCUUCUCCGAUGCCGACGCGCUCAACAUCUUCAAGGACUUCAAUAGAUUGAUCAAACAGUCCGAUAACGACUCGCAGUUUGGCAAAAUUUUGGUGCAUCUCUUCCGGGCUUUUCAGAGCUACCGAAUUGGGAAUUUCAUUGAUUCCUAUCAGGCAUAUGAAAAACCGGCAAAUGCUUUUAUUCAGGAGUUUCGGAAUUGGGAUACGGCAUGGGCUUUGCCAGCAUUGUAUGUCAUUGCUUAUGACAUUAGGGUUCUAGCUGAGAGGGCUGAUAAGGAAUUGGCUUUGAAUGGAAAGUCUCCAGAGAAGUGGAAGGGAGCUGGCUCUUUCCUUAUGAAAGUCUUUGGCGUUCUUGCUGUAAGAUUCUUUCUUUUGAUAUUCUAUUUAUUUCGCUACUCUUACUAAACUUUGGUUUGUAUUUUGUUCUCUUUGCAAGAAAAGUCUGCUCCUUUACUCAAACUUCUAUACAAUAAGAGUUGGUAUUUUCUUGGGUGUUUACGAACAAUUGUUUGAAUCUGUACUGCUAACUCUUUCACUGGUGUUGGAGCAUUAUACGUCACUUGCCAGUUGUUUAAAGUUUACUUUAAGCUUCACCUUUGCCGCGGCGUCAUAAGGAGCAUUGGAACUGCGCGAAUAUUUGAUUUUGUGGAAUUCCCUAAGAGAGAUAAGGUCAGCAUUGCCUUUGGCAGAGCAAAUGCAAUUUUCUUUUCUUUCCUUUUCUGCUCCCUCUCCUUUUGAAUUUGUUCUCUAUCGCAACUAGACAAAGUAGCUUCAACCACAGACCCAAUCAUGAAUCCCUAAAUAUCGUUGUGUACAAAGAUUUUUUGCUUCCCUCGAAUUCAACAUAAGA